GUUCAAGUGGUUUUCGUCCUUUUUUUAGUUAUUGUUAUUAAUAAAUAAAUAAAAUCCGGUAAAUACUUGAUAUGAUUUUAAACCAAGAAAAAUAUAUCUGAUUUUUUUUUUGAGAAAAAUCCAAAUGAUAUACUAUUGUGACACAAGAAAAAUUAAAAUAUUUAAUAAAUCUCAUGAAAAUACAUCUAGAACCUUAAAAAAUAUAUUUGUCUCUAGGAAAAUGAGAAAAAUAUACAAAAAAAAAUAUCUGAACCUUUUCCAGAACAUUCUUGUCGAUGUGCAAUGAUAAAAAAAGAGAAAAAAAAAACCAACCAUCCAUACUUGUCAACUGUGGCAGCAGCGGGCCAACCAGUGCCAGUGCUUGGGCCGUAUGGAUGGAAGAAGAAGCAAACGAAUGGAGGCCCAGACCAACUAGUUAGGGUAACAACGCAACGCAACGCAACGCAAGCGGCAACGGUUAUCUCUUCCUUGUCUCUCCCCAACCCCAACCCCAACCAAUCGGCCAAUUCGUCGAUUCAAAAAAAAUCCAAAUCGCACGGCCUCCUUACGACUCCUCUCCUUCUUGUUUCCUCCUCUACUCGACUCUACUAGCCGCCGGAGCGGAGCCUGCCCGCAUCGCAUCGCGCCCCGAGCCUGCCGCCGUGCCGCACCCAAGCCAUGAGACCCACGCCGCCGCCGCCGCCGCCGCACACGGAUGAUACUAGGGUUACGCAGCUCCCGCUCCCCGGCGGCGCCGAGGAGUACGUGCGCGACUCCAUCCACGCCUCCCUCGGCCUCCCCGUCUCCGAUCGCUCCCUCCGCCUCAAGCUCCUCGCCUCCGAGGACCAGCGCCACCGCCUCCAGGACCACGUCUUCUCGCUCCAGGAGGACCUUCGCGCAGCCCAGCGCCGCAUCGACCUCCUCAAGGCCGAGGCCUCCAUGAACGCCGCCGGCCUCCGCCGCUGCGUCGAGGAAAAGGAGGCCAUGGCCGCCGCCUACGCCGACCUCUCCGACAAGAGCAACAAGGAGUGCCGGCUCUAUGAGCGAGAUCUCGAGCGAGCCAUGGAGUCCUGCGACGACCUCGCCAGGGAGAACGACGACCUCCGCGCACGCCUAAACCAGAGCGCACAUUCGGCAGCAUUGAUGGCUCAAGUGCAAGAACUACAGAAGGAAAAGGAGAUUCUGAAGAUGAACCUUGAUACAGCAGAGGCGGAGGUCGUCACGCUGAGUGAGGACAACAGGGCUCUCGAUGAAGAGAUCAAAAGGCUGCUGGGUUUGCUGGAGAAAGAGCGACAGCGCCGGUCCGAAAGAAAGAAAUCUGCCAGUACAUCCACCAAGAACAAGCGCAAGUCUUCUAGCUUGAGGGAUGGCAGCCCCGCUGGCCGAGCUCUUGAUUUUGGCUGUGCAGAUUCUUCAAGGCAUCCACUGUCCCCGUUGCCCCACAACUCCCCAGACUACAGGGCGCACAAGAAGUGAAGGCAACAACCAACAAGACAACCAACCGUUCAGAGCAUUUCUUGGAUUAACUUGUGCGCAACGCGAGUGUUGCAUCGUGCCGCUGAUGAUCUGAUUCAAAUCUGGUCCCUGCUAAUUUUCUUUCGUUCCUGUUUUCGGUAGCUGUGAUGUUUUUAGACCAGGAGCAAGUUUAUCCUGCUUCACUUGCACACUCUAUUCCAUUGGCUAGAGCUUGCUGUUGUGUUUGUGAUGGAUCUGAAGGAAAUGAAAAGGCCAUGGUCUGCUUAUGGUUUGUUGAUGUAUCAUGUAUUAAUAUGAAAGCAGCCUCUCCAUUUCACUUGGA